GCGGGCAGAGGCUUAAAUAGGCGGCUCUGGAGCCCGGACCCAGUGCGGACCGAGAAGGCAGCGGCUGCGACAGCGUCGAGUGUCCGAGCCUGGGUCUGCGAGUGGAUUGUAUCCGAGCCCGGGACUUACCUAGUCCUGACCGCGUCCGUGUGUGACUGGACGGCGUCCGACGCGAUGACUCUGAACGGCGGCGGCAGCGGAGCGGGCGGGAGCCGCGGUGGGGGCCGGGAGCGCGAGCGCCGUCGGGGCAGCACACCCUGGGGCCCGGCGCCCCCGCUGCACCGCCGGAGCAUGCCUGUGGACGAGCGCGACCUGCAGGCGGCGCUGGCUCCGGGAGCUCUGACAACGGCCGAGGCUGGGACUGGGGCCCAGGGUCCGAGGCUGGACUGGCCCGAGGGCUCCUCCGACUCGCUCAGCUCAGGAGGCAGCGAUUCAGACGAGAGCAUUUACAAGGUGCUGCUGCUGGGGGCGCCUGGCGUCGGCAAGAGUGCUCUGGCGCGCAUCUUCGGUGGUAUAGAGGACGGGCCUGAAGCAGAGGCCGCAGGGCACACGUAUGAUCGCUCCAUCAUGGUGGAUGGAGAAGAGGCAGCGCUCAUGGUCUAUGACAUUUGGGAGCAGGAUGGGGGCCGCUGGCUACCUGGCCACUGCAUGGCCAUGGGAGAUGCAUACGUCAUCGUGUAUUCAGUGACGGACAAGGACAGCUUUGAGAAGGCCUCAGAGCUUCGGGUCCAGCUGCGGAGGGCGCGGCAGACAGACGACGUGCCCAUCAUCCUAGUGGGCAAUAAGAGCGACCUGGUGCGCUCUCGUGAGGUCUCCUUGGAUGAGGGCCGGGCCUGUGCUGUGGUCUUUGACUGCAAGUUUAUUGAGACGUCGGCUGCGCUGCACCACAAUGUCCAGGCGCUGUUUGAGGGUGUCGUGCGCCAGAUACGCUUGCGCAGGGACAGCAAAGAGGCCAACGCACGUCGGCAAGCGGGUACUCGGCGGCGAGAGAGCCUUGGCAAGAAGGCGAAGCGCUUCCUGGGCCGCAUCGUCGCUCGAAACAGCCGCAAGAUGGCCUUGCGUGCCAAGUCCAAGUCCUGCCACGACCUCUCCGUGCUCUAGGUCCUGGGGCACUCACUGUAUUGUGCAGACAGAUGGGCAGAUUGGUGGGCUGGCCCAGCCAACUGCCCAAGGUACCCCAGGGCUGGCUCAGACUCUGGGUAUCCCCCACCUCAUGGUCGUGGACAGAGAGACAGUGCGGCCCAAGCAGGUGGCUCCCAGUGGCCGUCAAGGGCUGCGCCCACAGAGAUGCCUGUGCAGGCCCAUGUGCAUCCCACGCAGCAGCCUGAGCCCAGCCUGUGGAGCAGGCCUGUGAGUGGGGAGAGGACUCUGCCUUUCUCUGCACCCGUGGUGUGCAUGCCCUGGAGGGAGGCUGUUCAGUGCCCUGGCUAUUUGUUUACAUGCAGAUUUUUGUAAUAAAGACUAUUUCCUGAUA